ACUGAAGUAGAAAAGGAUUAAUAGGAAAGAGAGCGUGAGGCCAAACCAAACUGUUGGCAGAACCAGGAUUAGUAAACAGACUCAAACAGGAAAGAAAUUAGUACUGCUUAGUCCUGGGUAGAACAGGCGGAGUUCAUCAAAGAAGUACUGCCAAAGACAGAAAAGAGGGUACAGUACAGAGUUUAUACUGAGCUUCACUAGGCAGAAGGCAAAGCUGCAGAUUCACAAGAGGAACCUCUGGUUUCCCUCUCACUUGGAUUGUCAUUAUGCAGAUCUGCAUACAGCUGCUUCUCUUUUUACCACAGCUUCUUACCUUGCUGAGCCAAGCUAGUGCUCAGUUCCCCCACCAAUGUGCUACAGUUGAAGCCCUAAUAAGUGGUGAGUGUUGUCCAGAUUUGUCUCCAUUAUCUGGCCCUGGCUCUGACCGUUGUGGUUCAUCUUCUGGGAGAGGUCAGUGUAUGCCAGUAAUUGCAGACUCACGGCCCCAUGGCCCACAGUACAUGCACGAUGGCCGGGAUGACCGUGAACAGUGGCCCUUGCGCUUUUUCAACCAAACCUGCAGGUGCAAUGGAAACUUCUCCGGUUUCAACUGUGGAUCAUGUCAACCUGGCUGGACUGGGGCUGCCUGUGACCAGCAGAUCCACAUAGUCAGAAGAAACCUUCUGGACCUGAGUGCAGAGGAGAAGAAUCGUUUUAUCAAUGCCCUACACCAAGCCAAGAGUACAAUACAUCCUGACAUUGUCAUAGCCACCAGAAGGCAUGAGGAGAUAUUUGGACCAGAUGGCAACACACCACAAUUCGAGAAUGUGUCCAUUUAUAACUACUUUGUGUGGUCCCAUUAUUACUCUGUCAGAAAGACUUUCCUUGGUCCAGGGCAGCAGAGUUUUGGAGGAGUGGAUUUCUCUCAUGAAGGACCAGCAUUUCUCACCUGGCAUAGGUACCAUCUCCUGCAAUUAGAAAGAGACAUGCAGGAGAUGCUACAGGAUCCCACUUUCGCACUUCCUUAUUGGAAUUUUGCUACUGGUGGAAAUACCUGUGAUAUCUGCACAGAUGAUUUGAUGGGAGCUAGAAGCAAUUUUGAUACCAGUCUUAUCAGUCAGAACUCCAUCUUUUCUCAGUGGAGAGUGCUAUGUGAAAAUCUAGAAGACUAUGAUACUUUGGGAACUAUUUGUAACAGCACAGAGGGGGGUCCAAUUCGAAGGAAUCCUGCUGGAAAUGUUGCCCGACCAAUGGUACAACGUCUUCCUGAGCCAGAGGAUGUGGCUCUUUGUUUGGAAGUUGGUUUGUUUGACACUCCUCCUUUCUACUCAAAUUCCACAGACAGUUUCCGUAAUACAGUAGAAGGGUACAGUGAUCCAUCAGGGAAAUAUGAUCCAGCAGUUCGAAGCCUUCAUAAUUUGGCUCAUCUUUUUCUGAAUGGAACAGGAGGGCAAACUCAUUUAUCCCCAAAUGAUCCCAUUUUUGUCCUCUUGCACACAUUUACUGAUGCUGUGUUUGAUGAAUGGUUGAGGAGACAUAAUGCUGAUAUCUCCAUAUAUCCACUAGAAAAUGCCCCCAUUGGACAUAACCGACAGUAUAACAUGGUGCCAUUUUGGCCCCCAAUUCCCAAUGAUCAGAUGUUUGUUGCUGCACCAGAAAGCCUGGGCUACAGUUAUCAAGUUCAAUGGCCAGCCCGAGCUUUCCACAUCACAGAGAUCAUAACUAUUGCAAUAGUGACUGCACUGAUUCUUGUUGCAAUUAUUUUUGUUGGCACUACAUGUAUUGUGCACUCCAGGAAAAACAAGGAUGAAUUACAUCAGCCUCUUCUCACUGACCAGUAUCAGCACUAUUCAGAUGAUUACGACACUAUGCCAACUCCAAGCCAGUCUGUAGUCUGAAGAGACUUAUUUCAUCUUAAGCCAACAGAACCAGUUAUUUCUGUUGUAUUUAUAAAUACCAGUAAUCUAUCUUCAUUAAAAUAAAUUACAGAACAUUU